CCCCCCGUUGCCCGGUAACCGGCUGGGCCGCUCUCCGGGCUCGCAGCGGCGGGGGAGGGGGCGCCUGCUGGUUUGGUGCCGCAGGGCGCCGCCUCGGUGACUCUGUAGCGGGGCGGGGAUGCUGCUGCCGGGGCUCCUCUUUCUCCUGCUGCAGCCGCCGGGCACCUCCCCGCCCCCUCCCGCCGCAGCCCAGCGGCACCAUGAGCAGGAACCAGCCGCGCUGGGGGCAUCGGGAAUCAUAUGUAAAAGAAAUUAAAUACCCAGAGUCAUCAUUCCUCUCUGAAUGCAGAUCACUUUCAUCUCAGGCAUCAAAAGAACAAAAAAUGCCAAGUCUAACAUCUGACCACAAAUAUCUGAAUAAUGAAGCCUCAGGAAGAUCAUUAGGAUGUUUUCCCUUUGAAAGGAGCUGGAGGAGCGCAUUGUUAAAGACAGAAAGGAUAAAAAAAGCAGAAUACUCUUCAACCUUUGGCUUGAGAGACUGCGAGGAGAGUACUGCAAUACCAAACCUUACUCAGGGAGUCCAGAGCUAUCAAGAAAGCCUAUCUCCUAUUCUGCAGAUGAAAAAAGGAUUUGCAUAUGGUGCUGCUAAACCAUUUCCAACUGGCUUUUAUAGUAAAGAUGAUAAUGAGCAUAUCUGUGUGCCAACUUCAUACCUACUUCCACAGACCUCAUCACAGUACUUAGGAUACGAGUUUUGCAAAAAAAGGGGAGACAUACCUGUGAUGGAUCUGCAGAAGAGAGGACUAGAUUCUUGGAACCCAAGUCCACUGAAGAUGCCAGCCAUUCAUGAUGGAGCUGGAGACAUAGGAGCUUUGAGCUAUAUUAAUUCCAAGACUUUUCACUGUGACAUCCAUAGAUCCAAGAAGAAUAACCACGUUUCCAACAUAUGUUCACUUCCAGUGGGACCCAGAUACAAGUUUGGUUUGGCCGAUCACGGCUCCCACUGGCCGCUCCAGGCCAAGGCGGGCUGCGGGAAGGGCGGCCAGCACAUCCCUCGGCCCACUGCUCUAAACAGUAUGAUGAGCUCAGAGAAAAGAUGACUUGAAUGAACCCACUGACUGCCGAUGUCACUAUAUUUGAGGAAGAAAAUAACUACCAACAAGUACGUGAAACAUCUGUGUUGUGACUUUUUCAUUAGAAGAUAUCUCUGGAAAGUGCUACUUCUAAACUCACUUGACCACAUUAGCCACUUAAACUUUGUUAUGCUGAAAUAUCGAUCUAGCAAGUACUGGUUUUAGGUUAGUUUGGUUCCAAACUACAAUUGUAUUUAUGCCGCUUGGAAGGGUUAGUAGGUAGCAAAUUAAUCUGUCAGCAGUAUCCUGUGUAAUAGUUUAAUAUUUGUAAUACUGAAAUAAAAAUGUCUCCAGAUGAAAUGCGUACCUCUAUUAUUAAAAGCCCCUUAUGUAAAAAUAUUUCUACAUGUGGUGGUAGAUGAGUUAAAAAGCAAUGUGAAAAGAAGUAACAGAAGAUAAAAUGAAUAAUAGUGGGACUGAAAACCAGACAGAUAUCAGUUUUUUUCAUAAUUUGCCAAAAAUAUUAUAGUUAAAAAUGUCAGUAUCAUACAUAUGUUUGGCUUGUCCACUGCCCCUUUCAAUGUGGAUUUGACUGAUGUUCACCAUUUAAAAAUACAUAUACUGUCAAGACUUGUUUUCUAGAAGCUAACAUCCCCAUGUUGAGGUUUUAAUUUGAAAGUGGAAUGCCAAACUUUAGGGUUAGACAAGUGACUCAUUAAACACAAACCAACCUCUCAAGUAACUCUGCUGAAGACAUAUUUCUUAUUAAAGGUGCUUAAGACCUACCUGAUUUAGUACGGUAGAAUCAGU